UUGGAGGCCUUUGUGAAAAUGGCAGAGGGGUCCAAAGACCAGGGCUGCACCGGCACUACUGAUCCGGAGGAAGAUUCCCCCAAUAUGAUCGUCUACAGAAAGAUUGAAGACAUUGUUACACGAAUACAAGACGAGAAAGCGGGAGGAGUCGCCAUCCGGACCGUCAAGAGUUUCCUCUCCAAGAUCCCCAGUGUGGUGUCAGGGGCGGAUAUUGUUCAGUGGCUGAUGAAAAACCUCUCCAUCGAGGAUCCGGCCGAAGCCAUCCACCUCGGGAGUCUGGUCGCUGCCCACGGCUACAUCUUCCCCAUCUCUGACCACGUUCUGACACUAAAGGAUGACGGAACCCUUUAUCGCUUUCAGUCUCCAUACUUUUGGCCUUCAAACUGCUGGGAACCAGAGAACACCGACUAUGCCAUUUACCUGUGCAAGCGCACCAUGCAGAACAAAGCCAGGCUGGAGCUUGCUGACUAUGAAGCCGAGAACCUCGCCCGGCUGCAGAGGGCUUUUGCCAGGAAGUGGGAGUUUAUCUUCAUGCAAGCUGAAGCCCAAGUCAAGAUUGACAGGAAGAAGGACAAGGCAGAGAGGAAGAUCCUGGACAGCCAGGAAAGAGCGUUCUGGGACGUUCAUCGACCUGUGCCUGGAUGCGUCAACACCACAGAAAUGGACAUCCGCAAGUGCCGAAGGGAGAAGAAUCCACACAGGGUGAAAAAGUCAGUCUACGGAGUACCGGAUGAUGGCCAGAGCCAGCCGAGUCCGGUCCACAUCAGCUCACAGCCCCCCAGAAAGCCCACCAAAGAGGAUGUUCAGAAGGAGAUUACCUUCUUAAACAUCCAGCUGGACAGACACUGUAUGAAGGUUUCCAAAGUGGCUGACAGCCUGAUGGGUUACACGGAGCAGUUCGUGGAAUAUGACCCCUUCGUGGCGGCCGUAGAGCCCUCCAACCCCUGGAUCAGCGAUGACUCCACCUUCUGGGACUUGGAGGCCAGUCGAGACCCCGGCCAGCAGCGGGUGAAGAAGUGGGGCUUCUCCCUGGAGGAGGCGCUGAAGGAUCCAGCCGGACGAGACCAGUUCCUGAAGUUCCUGGAGUCCGAGUUCAGCUCAGAGAACCUGCGGUUCUGGUUGGCGGUGCAAGAUCUGAAGCGAAGGCCUCUCCAGGAGGUGUCCACCAGGGCUCAUGAGAUCUGGCAGGAGUUUCUGGCCGAGGGAGCGCCCAGCUCCAUCAACCUGGACUCUCACAGCUACGAGCGGACCAGCCAGAACCUCAAAGACCCCGGACGAUACAGCUAUGAGGACGCUCAGGAGCACAUAUUCAAGCUGAUGAAAAGUGACAGCUAUGCACGCUUUUUGCGAUCCAACAUCUAUCAAGACCUCUUGUUGGCCAGGAAGAAGCAGCCAGCAGACACUGAACAGGGCCGCCGCACCUCCCUGGAGAAGUUCACCCGCAGUGUGGGGAAGUCUUUGACGGGAAAGCGUCUGACAGGCCUGAUGCAGUCGUCCUGACACAACUGGUUCCGGAGGGGCGCGGCCACACCCCGUCGGAGGGAGGACUGCCGGGCGCGGGCCGGGGCAGGGACAGGGACAGGGACAGGGACAGUGGAGCUGGGCUGGCUCGGGCUGCCGUGGAGGUUCUGGGACUCUGCUGCCGUGCUGCUCGCACAGCACCUGCUGGGGUAAACCGCCCCCCCCCCCCCCCCCAAAAAGGAAAACGCUGGGGAAAAAAAAAUGUCGACGGGGGGGGGAGCCGCCGCCAACCCAUCACAUGGCAUGCAGCAUAACGUAUAAGCACAUCCAGACUAGGGUUGCCCCCCUCUUCAUCACUUAGGUGGCAAACCUGGUUGUUAGACCUAACUAAACGGAUCCGUUUUUAUUUUCAGAUGGUUUUUCUUUACGUGUUGGCUGGAUCUCUGGUAUUAGCCACAACAUUUGAAAGUAUGAAUACCGACAAUCCAAAAAAAAAAACCUGCUAGUCCGAACUUGGAUGGAAAUACAUAAAACCAUUGCAAAUCACACAAGUCUACUUUGCAGACGCCUCUGUUCUCACAGCAGGCAGCAAUAAAUAGAGACAGAGAUAGCUUUUUUUCUUCUUAGAAAUGAAUACAACCAUUUUUUAUAUUCUAGAAACUUCAAUUAUAUCUGUUUUUUAUGAACAUGACAUGUCAGUGAAAUAGUCAGCACAGUGUGACAGACAAGAAUAUAAAGCCCCAGAUAUAUUAUAUUCUGUAUAAUUGCAUCUGUAAAACAGUAGGUAUAAUUUUUCAUGCUUCAUUACAUUCCAGAAUCUGGCAUAAGGGCUUAAUGUAGCAAUCACACCCCACUUUGCAUGUUUCAUCCAAAUGUCCCAGUUGAGAAUUAAUGUCCCUCCAUCAGUUCAGUGUAAUGAGACUUGUGACUAUGAUCAACUCAUUCCGGUUGGUUCGCUUCUCUCACACCCAUCAGGCUUCAAAGUUCCAAAGUUUUCUGGCUCCAUAAUGAAAUCAAUCAUUUUCCAAAUGUUAAUGUGACUAAAUUAGAGGCCUAAAAGCAUGCCCCUUCCCCCCCCCCGCGUGUGGUAGAGGGAAGCAUUGUGAACUCAGCUCUUAGUUUAGGCACAGCUACAGAAAGCACAGUCCCGCGUGAAGUAGAAUUCACGCGCGUGUUCGGCUUGUGUGGUAUUUAAAGUUUUUCUCCGUGCCAUGGGUCCGUCUGCCGGUGUGUGCACCGCAGGACCACAGCAGAGCGUUACAGGACUGUUCUGUGUGCUGACAUCACACUGGAUGACGCUGUGACGUUACUGAACUCCGAUGGUGGAGAUAUUCCGAGGCCUGCCGCCCACUGGGGGACUAUUUACUUUUUUUUGUUGCUUUGUUUACUGCAUGAAGAACUCAUCUUUUACUUUCUUAAACCGAUGCCCAUUUUUGUUUUUCCCACCUAAUAAUUGUUGUGUGUUUUUACUGUGGAUGAUGGAGCACGGUGGGCUGCGUGAAGGUGGGGGAGAAGGUGGGGAACAGGGUGGGGAAGACGGUGGGACUGCGCACGCUUGGAGAAAAGGCCCUGAACCGGAGACACACUCAUCUGUGAAUGGACGUCAGAGCUCUGAAAUGGGCUGAACUGUGAACAAUGCGUGGCUCGUGAUGAGUGCAGCCUUCUUCUACACACAGGAAGUGCUCAGGCAGAGGAGAUUUUUGUGCCACAGCCCCCCCGUGAGGCCCGUGACUGCAACCGUAACAAAGCUGAGCAGACUGCCGGUUGAGUCUCUCAUCUGUUGUUUUCUAUUAGUCGUUGCAAUGCACUGUACAGGUCAUAUUACUAAUUACUAUUAGUAUAUUAAACCAGUAACCUCUUGAAUAUUAAGUAGAGAGAUGCAUAACUCCAGUCGAUGUACCAAAUGUUAUCCUCAGCACAAACACAAUGACACCAUGUAUCGAGUGCAUUGUAAAUGUAAUCUGGUUACUGUUCAUUAUUCAAAAGCACACUUUAUUAUGAUAUGGGCACAUUACUAUGCAUGUAACAUAUUCAGGGCAUUUUGUGCUUUUAGUGUCUCGAUCAGCAGGAUAACUACUGGCACUCUAAAACACUCAAGCACCUGUUAUCUGUUCAUGGGUACCAAAUAAUAAACUCUCUGGACCUGUCUGCUCUGUGCUGCCAUUUGCUGGUGUUCCGAGUCAUGAAAUAAAUGGAAUAAAAAUUUGUCUCGUUUUUGGCUGACACCUACAAGCCACAACUCAACUGUUCUGAAAUGUUUUUUAAAUCCUGAUAAAUGGUUUAAAAAAGAUGUAUGUGCUAAUUUGCACAUACAUUCUGAGACA